AUGCCGGCGGCGGGCAGCCGCCCCCCUCCAGUGAGCGCGCCGGCGGAAGUGAAAGCAGAGCAAGUCGAGGAUGCAGACGCCGAUGUGAACAAGGAGGAUCAGCCUGACUUUGGUGGGGAAGAGGAGGCUCUGCCCGUGGAAGCCAAGCAAGAGGUGCAGCGCAGCGUUCCAGACUACGGGGAUCUCAUCGAAGACGAGGGGAUCGUAAGUGUGGUCAAGAAGGUCGCGAAGAAAGAGGAGUUGGAGGAGAAGGCUCAAUCCUCACUGCAACUUCAGCGCUGA